GACAUGUUCAAUAAUGGAGAGGCACGGUUAAGCCGUGAAGCUGACGUCAACCUUCUUACAGAGUUGUAUAUUUUCUCAACUAUGAACAUUUGCGCCAAGUAUUGCUUGAAUGGAUUUGUUUGAUGCUAUAUUGAGUGCCCCCGAAUCGAAAACAUGUCAGCCAUCACGCUCCGAAGCUGCCACCCCUGCCUUGGCGAUGCAACUUUGCGUGCCAAGACGGGCAGGUUAAACGGCUCAUUAACCUCCGCACUUCUACUUCUGUUAUGUCGUUGACCUUCACCACCUACCGAACUUGUCUCGGAAGGGCAACCGAGUGCCAAACAGGGGACAUUGCCCAGUCUUGGGUCUUUAAUUCCCCGGAAGCCCAGCCCGGUCAAAUAAAGUGUUUUUCAUAUCGAGCGAGCUUCUUAGUGGCCCGGACCGGUCUAUGUUCGGACAAUGACCAGGAUGUAGCUAACGUCCUUGCAGCUAGCUCGAUAUACACAGUUGUUGAUCCGUGGGCAGCAGCCUUCUUCUCCAAUCUUUGGGAGUUGGGGGGUCGCAUUCUUGGCAUGGUGUCGAUUUUGAUAUAAAACCAGGUCUCGAAGCUGUUCAACCUCGGGAGCCUCCUGUUCAGGAUUGUUGUGUGUCGCCACUCUCAUCUGAGCCUAACAUCACCUUUGUCAACGAUACAGACCCCUGGAAUUCCAGGCUCACAUCAUGAAGGUCACAGCCAUCAUACUUGCUGCUUCGGCGGCAGUCAACGCCCACUAUGUCUUCCCGACCCUGCUGGUCAACGGCCAAACCGCCGGCUCGACCGACUGGAGCCAGGUCCGCAAGACCGUGAGCUGGCAGGACAAUGGCUUCGUCGCCAGCGUCACUUCGCCCCAGAUCCGAUGCAACCAGCUCAACUUGAACCAGGGCGGUAGCGCGACCGCAACCGUCGCCGCCGGCUCAAAGGUCGGCUUCAACGUAGCCCCUAGCAUCUACCACCCGGGUCCGCUCGCCUUUUACCUCGCCAAGGUGCCGGCCGGCCAGACUGCGGCAAGCUGGGAUGGGUCCGGGCAGGAGUGGUUCAAGAUCUACCACGAGCAGCCAAACUUUGGCUCGCAGCUGACGUGGCCUAGCAUGAACCUGAACAAGGCUGAGGUCACGCUGCCGUCGUGCAUCCCCAGCGGAGACUACCUCCUCAGGGUCGAACACAUUGCUCUGCACUCUGGACCAGGCCAGGCUCAGUUUUACAUUGCUUGCGCCCAGAUCACCGUCACCGGCGGCGGCAACACCAACCCGACCAACAAGGUCGCCUUCCCUGGUGCCUACUCGCCCAACGACCCCGGACUGAUGGUCAACAUUAACUGGCCCAUCCCUACGUCCUACCAGAACCCUGGCCCCCCUGUCUUCAAGUGCUAGGUGAUGUACAUAGCGUAUAAAGCGUGAUUCUUUGGGUCGCGAUCUAGAUGGGUAUAUAUAGUUGUGCAUUUUGAACAUUAUAGGCACUGCAUGUUGAGUGGUAUUGCAUCUACACUGUUAUUUAUUUACAAAGCAUAUGGGGUCGCAACCCAAAUUAAGGAUGCGACAGUGAAACAUUCGUGUACAUGUGUGCAUUCUUAUACUGCAUAUGUAACUAGGUACACAAUCUACUUGUGAUCUAAUCUAUUGUAUAGUUC